CGUGUUGUUCCUGAGCUGUGAUGAUGAAGUCUUAUGAAUGGAGAGCUGUCAUAACUGCAGCAUAUGGACUCUAAACUCUUUGAAAACAGAAAUGGGCUGUUCAGACACCGGCAGUGAUCACAAACACCCGUGUGUGUUCACUUCAACCCAUGAUAAAGAAUAAAGUCGUGUUUAAAGGAGAAACUGUCUGGUCAGGGGAUGGAGGUGCACAGUUCGGGCCUCAGCAGGAAGAGGAAGAGAGAGGAGUUGAAUGGACAGAGAAAAGAUGGAGAGUGCGUCCGCAAAAUUCCACAAAGGACUUUGGGACUGAGAGAUCCCGCACCAUUCACUGAUGAGGUGGAGGCUGCAAAAACACCAUAUGUUCGCGUUAGCAUGGAAGAGGCUCAGCGUGGAACUCCAGAGGUCCGUCCAGUGCGUGUCUAUGCAGAUGGGAUUUUUGACAUGUUCCAUUCAGGACACGCUCGUGCUUUGAUGCAGGCCAAGUGCCUUUUCCCCAACACACAUCUUAUCGUAGGUGUAUGCAGUGAUGAUUUGACACAUAAAUUUAAGGGCUUCACUGUAAUGAACGAGGACGAACGUUACGAUGCAGUGAGUCACUGUCGUUAUGUUGAUGAGGUGGUCAGGAACGCUCCGUGGACACUGACACCUGAAUUUCUGGCCAAGCACAGAAUAGACUUUGUCGCCCAUGACGACAUCCCAUACUUCUCAGCAGGAAGUGAUGAUGUUUACAAACAUAUAAAGGAGGCAGGCAUGUUUGCGCCAACUGAGAGAACAGAGGGCAUCUCCACAUCUGACAUAAUCACACGCAUCGUGCGUGACUAUGACGUUUAUGUGAGACGAAACCUGCAGAGAGGCUACACUGCCAAAGAGCUGAAUGUCAGCUUCAUUAAUCUAAGCUCCGUGACUCUGGCGCCCUCUUCCUCCCAGGAGAAGAAGUACCACCUGCAGGAGCAUGUAGAUAAGGUCAAGCAGAAAGUGCGGGACGUGGAGGAGAAGAGUAAAGAGUUUGUGCAGAAGGUAGAGGAGAAGGGCAUCGACCUCAUUCUGAAAUGGGAGGAGAAGUCACGAGAGUUCAUCGGGAACUUUCUGGAGAUGUUUGGUCCGGACGGGGCACUGAAGCACAUGCUGAAAGAAGGAAGAGGACGGAUGUUACAAGCCAUCAGUCCCAGACAAAGCCCCAGCAGCAGUCCUGUACGCGAGGAGCGCUCUCCUUCCCCCACCUUCCGUCUUCCCUUCUUCACCAAAACCUCUUCAUUGUCUUUUCCACCUGUUCACCACAGCAGCGCACACUUCAGUAAGGACGAGGAUGAAUAGGAGACAUCCUUUUCCUGCUCACAAGCAACUGUUUUUCACAUUAAUCAUGUUUUAUAUUCUUUAAAGGAGUAGUUCUCCCAAAAAUGAAAAUUCUCUCAUCAUUUACUCACGCUGUGUAUGACUUUCUUCGCAGAACACAAACAAAGAUUUUAUAAGAGUAUUUCAGCUCUGCAGGUCCAUAAAAUGCAA